CUACCUAUUUUUAUCCCUUUCUUCUUUCUGUAUCACAUCUCAUAUCAUAUUUCUCACGUUACUCUAUUGUAUUCUUACCUCUUUCAAGAUGGUUGUGAAAUUAUGAUGUGAAUGAAUUAUUUUCAAGUGAUGAGGAAAGAAAGCUAGUGUGUGGGAAAAUAGUUGUCCCUUUAUCCAAUGUGAUUUAGAGGGUUUAAAUCUCUAGUCUGCUACCCUCAUAUAUUCCAUUACUCUUUCUUCAGAUCAAGUUGUUCUUUCCUCGAUCAACAUAAUCCUAAAGCAUCCUCUAUGGACACUGAAAAUGGCCAGACUGCAGAAGCUCCUGCAAAGCCCCCCAAACACCCCUCAAGAGUCAAAACUCUUGAGCGCCUUAGCUUCUCCAAGCCCAAAUCCCGAAUCCUUGAAUAUAACUAUUCACCUCGCAACAAAGUAGUAGCAGCAUCUGAAGAAACUGACCUUCAACCUUCCCACAAGAUCUCAAUCCCUCCCGUGGAUGAUGACGAUGACGACGAUGAUGGUGAGUGGGAUGAAAAAGAAGAGCCGGAGGACGACGAUGAUGAUGGUGAAGAGCAGUUUCCAAAGACACACCAAAAAAGGAAAUUCAGGGUUAAGUGGAGACUUCUGGUGGAGUGGGUUUUGUUUCUGAACAUAUUGACAUGCUUAGUGUGUUCUGUCACAAUAUUGUCCAUAAAAAACAUACACUUGUUCGGUUUGGAGAUUUGGAAGUGGUGUUUGAUGGCAAUGGUUACUUUCAGUGGCCGUUUAUUCUCAGGGUGGCUAGUCGGCCUCACCGUUUUCAUCAUCGAGCGAAACUUCAUGCUAAGGGAGAAGGUCCUCUACUUCAUCUACGGAAUCAGAAGAUCCAUCAGGAACUGUUUAUGGCUAGGACUCGUCUUGGUCUCUUACUGGAGCGUGGUGUUCGAAGAUGUCCAGAAGAAAAACCACAAGUUCCUCAACAAGGUGUUUCAAGCACUGGUGGCGGUUUUAGUCGGCGCCACCAUCUGGCUGGUGAAGAUUGUGCUAGUGAAAAUGCUAGCUGCUUCAUUUCAUGUGACAACUUACUUUGACAGAAUGAAAGAGAGCGUUUUCCAUCACUACAUUCUCGACACUUUGUCAGGUCCACCUAUGGAAGAAGCUGAGCAAAUAUUGCAGCAGCAGCACCACCACCUAGCGGGGUCAAAGUCGAUGCCAGCGAGGUGGAAGAUGAAGGAUGCUAAGAACUAUUAUAACAAGUACUCUAAGAGGUUUGGGUCGAGGAAGAUUGAUAUGGAGAAGCUGAGGGAGCUGAGCAUGGAGAGCACAGCUUCUGCAUGGAGUGUGAAGAGGCUUGUUCACUAUGUAAGAUCUUCUGGUUUGUCUACCAUUUCAAGGACUGUGGAUGAUUUUGGUAGUGCUGAGUCUGAGAUUAGCAGUGAGUGGGAAGCCAGGAAUUGUGCUCAAAGGAUUUUCAAGAACGUUGCCAAACCUGCUGCCAAGUACAUAGAAGAAGAGGAUCUAAUGAGAUUUUUGAAGAGGGUUGAGAUACACACCAUAUUCCCACUCUUUGAAGGUGCUCUUGAAACUGGGAAAAUCAGCAGAUCUUCAUUCAGAAAUUGGGUGAUUCGAGCUUAUUAUGAACGAAAAGCUCUUGCACAAUCACUGAAUGAUACCAAAACAGCAGUGCAGCAGCUUCAUAAACUAGCUAGCGCGGUUGUAAGUGUGAUAAUAAUCAUUGUGAUCCUUCUACUGAUGGGAAUGGCUACCAUGAAGAUAAUACUCUUCUGCAUCACACAAACCGUUUUAAUCGGGGUUGCCUUCCAAGGUACCUGCAAGACUGUUUUGGAGGCCAUAAUCUUUGUCUUUGUCAUGCACCCUUUUGAUAUUGGAGACCGUUGCGUCAUUGAUGGUGUUCAGAUGAUUGUGGAAGAGAUGAAUAUCUUGACAACAGUGUUUCUUCGAUAUGACAAUGAGAAAAUAUACUACCCUAACGCAGUUUUGCUCACUAAGCCAAUAAGCAAUUUCUAUAGGAGUCCAGAGAUGUGCGACUCAAUUGAUUUCACUAUUGAUGUGUCAACUCCCAUGGAAACAAUCAUUGCCGUCAAGAAAUCAAUACAAAUGUACAUCGAGAGCAAGCCAAAAUAUUGGAAUCCUAAGCACAGUGUGCUAGCCAAACAAAUAGACCAUGUGGACAAGUUGAAGCUGUGUUUAUGUGUGCAACACACCAUCAACCAUCAGAACUACGGCGAGCGAAGCGUUCGAAUAACGGAGCUGGUCUUGGAAUUGAAAAAGAUAUUUGAGAUGCAUGGUGUCAAGUACCAUAAUCUUCCUCAGGAGAUCCACCUUACCAAGAUGAACAUGGAGCAGGGGAGAGUUCUAUUUUAAAUUCUCAAAGAGAAUUACCACAAUAAUCACUAAGUCAUAAACUUCAAUUAUCUUUCCUUUCAAACUUCCAACUCUCCUGUGCUUUGCAUUAAGUUAUGGAUCAUUGGCUUGUGUUGUUAUGAAUAAAAUUAGUUCAGUCAGCAUGUUA